AGGAGCGCAAGAAUUUCAUGCACAAGUACUUUUAUUUCUCUAAACUUCAUAGGAGCGUUUAGUAUAAUAGGAGGCGGGGGGCUCUCGACUUUGACAGUUACUGGAUCCUACGUUUAGAGGCGGAAUUUGGUGUCAAGGUCAGGAGUGGCCAUGCCAUUUGGCUGUAUAACAAUCGGGGAAAAGAAGGAUUAUAACAAUCCUUCAGACGUGACAGAUAAAUAUGACCUGGGUCAGAUUGUUAAAUCGGAGGAGUUCUGUGAGAUAUUCAGGGCUAAGGACAAAACUACAAUGAAAAUGUACACGUGUAAAAAGUUCCUAAAGAAGGAUGGAAGGAAAGUCCGCAAGGCUGCGAAAAAUGAGAUCCUCAUCUUAAAGAUGGUGAAGCAUCCCAAUAUUCUCCAGCUGGUGGACGUCUUUGAGACCAAAAAAGAGUACUUCCUCUUCCUUGAACUUGCAACAGGCAGAGAGGUGUUUGACUGGAUCCUGGAUCAAGGCUACUACUCAGAGCGAGACACCAGCAACGUGGUGCGCCAGGUGCUGGAGGCCGUCGCCUACCUCCACUCCCUGCAUAUCGUGCACAGAAACCUCAAGUUGGAGAACUUGGUUUACUACAACCGUCUGAAGCACUCUAAAAUAGUCAUCAGUGACUUCCAUCUUGCCAAGUUGGAGAAUGGACUAAUCAAAGACCCCUGUGGGACACCGGAGUACCUGGCUCCUGAGGUGGUUGGCAGACAGCGAUAUGGCAGGCCUGUGGACUGCUGGGCUACAGGUGUCAUCAUGUACAUACUGCUGUCAGGAAACCCUCCUUUCUACGAUGAAACCGAUGAUGAUGAUUAUGAAAACCAUGACAAGAACCUGUUCCGCAAGAUCCUGGCAGGCGAUUAUGAGUUUGACUCUCCAUACUGGGAUGACAUCUCUGACUCAGCUAAGAGUCUGGUUGCUCGUCUGAUGGAGGUGGAUCAAGACCAGAGACUGACAGCCCAGGAGGCUAUAAACCAUGAAUGGAUCUCUGGUGGUGCAGCUUCAGAUAAGAACAUCAAGGAAAAUGUGUGCGCACAAAUAGAGAAGAACUUUGCCAGAGCUAAAUGGAAGAAAGCGGUGCGGGUCACCACCAUCAUGAAGAGAUUGAGAGCACCUGAGCAGAGCGACUCGAGGGCAACCAGCCCAGCAGCCGGCGCCCCAGCAGACCCCGCAGCUCCCCAGGCUGCCACCGAACCUUCCGCACCUUCAUCUGGUGCAACACCUGAGGGAGCCCCCGCUGGGGCCACAGAGCUCCCUGCCGGAGUGGAGAUAAGCCAACCAGCGCCAGAGGCCUCAGCCGGGGUGUCAGCGUCAGACGCUGAGCCACAGCAGCAGAGCCCGGCACUGCAGGAGGCCGAACCCACACCGCGUUGUAAUGGAGAAGCAUCGACUGCUCACCACGCACCCGCCGGGGCCGGGGACGAGCAGGGUUAGACACCCAACCCCCGCCCUUCCCCGUGUGACCUCUGCAGUCCCCACCAACUCCUGCACACUGUACAUUAGCUGCUAGCAUGGUGACACUGACUCUGCUUCUCUCUCACUUGCAGCAUUAGCAUCAUCUCAUGGAGGCUGUGUGCUACCUUUCCUGAGUGCUGCGUUGCAUUGGCUUUCUCUUUACAUGUAUUGUGUCUUUUUUCACUGACCCCUCUGGUGUUUUCCGUCAGAUUACAUAAAUCACAUCUAUCUCCCCACAUUAUAGGUUUAUGGGCGAAGACAGAUUUGCUGUCAAGCUGCGGCUUACAGCUGAAGUCUUCUCCUCUUAGUGAUAAGAGAAUAUAGGAAGACAUAAUUGUGCUGAAAACAGCUUUUAUUCCUUUUUAAUGAGCCAACUUGGGAAACUUCUCUCUGCCAGUCUUGCAAUUAUAGUAUUUGUUCUGAGAAUCAGUAGAAAAUGUUUUGCUUUUCCCUAAAUUUGGACCUCGUACUGUAACAGAGUAAGUGCAGGCCCUCACAUAUAUCCCUCUCACAUGGGAAAUAUAUUUAUCUCUCCUAUAUGUUAUUGUCUACACCAACCAGUUAUUGUGCGUUGAACAAUGCUGAGAUUGGACUGGGAGUUUUUAUGCCCAGUACUGUAUUUUGAACUAUAGGCAGCUUCACACAUAAGCACACACACAAACACUAUGUUCCUUUGCUAACUUCCUGCUCAGGAAAGAACCUCAUAGCUGUAAGUGUAAAGAUUCUGUAUAUAGAGACCUUUGUAGAAGUAGCCGAAACAGCAUGCAUUCUCACUUUUUGCUGUUCAUUUUACAUUUACAGCCACUUGGUGGAUAAAGAUGCGCUACUCGUCUUAUCGCAGGCCACAGCACUCUCGCCUCUUUGCCACAAGCCGUGUCGAGGCUAAUGUUCUUUUCAAAAGCAUACUACAGCUACACUUUGCUGUCUUAUUAUUACUGUUCAGUUAGCACCCCUGCUGUCAAUGUAAGUUAUAUGAAAAGAAAAUUUUGAAAAAAGAAAAACUGUCAUUACAUAGCAGUUCUAUGCAUUCAAAUUAAUUUGUAGCUUUCCUUUUUUAGAAACAUCACAGCAGACUUCAUGAUAUCUUUAUCCAUCACGUGACACAAAUUGUUUUUUUGUUUUUUUUGUUGUUGUUGCUAGAUCUCAGUCUACCUGUGACUCCUCUGACCUAAUCCUGUCCUUUGUGUUUGGAUACUGACUCAAAUGCCACACGUCUUAAUAUUUGGUUUUAACUGUAAAAACAAAAUGUGCAUUAACAGACCACAUGCGGCUUUCAAGGGAAGACAUGCAUCAUUUUGACUUUGUGGUAACUAGGGUCAUCUUCACCAACUCAGCUUUGUUGACCUGUAUUGUACGAAACAAUGUAUGAAGCAUAUGUUUAACAUUUCAGAAUUUAUUUAUUUUAUUUUUUAUUAUUUAUCUGUGUAUAUUUUUUUUUAUUUACAAAGAUUUUCAGCUUCUACUUGAUAAACAGUAAUAACAAACCAUCCUCUCGUCACUGGUCCCCUCGAGCAUUAAUAAAGAGCUACAGAAGGAGUUCUCUGUAAUCACACUAGAGGAAAUUGAGCAAUAUUCGACUGGCUGCAGAAACUGUGAUUCCUGGUGUCCAUGUACCUGUCAGUACAAGUCUAUAGUCCUGGCCACUUAACUAACACAUGGCUGCUGUCAGAUCUAUCUAUCUGUGUGUGUGUGUGUGUG